AUGUCAAGAUAUGCACCUCUUCAAGCUGGUGAUUCAACGUUUUUCAUGCUACCCAAGGACAUCCGGGACAUAAAAGCAGUUAUAAAUAUUCAGAACUCGGAUGAGUUUUGUUUUCUAUGGUGCGUCAAUGCAGCGUUACAUCAGCCCGUUCCAAACCCCCAGAGAACUUCAGAAUACAACCAUUUCAGCUCAAUUCUUAAGUAUGAAGAUAAACUUGAUGACAAACAGUUGCCUGAUAAAGACAAAUUUUUUUCUAAAUUAACAGAUAAUAAUAUUUCUGAUGAUGACUAUUCUUUUGCAAAAUUAGUUUGGGAUAAGUUCAACAUCAAUACUCUCGGCGAGUACUCAGAUUUAUAUCUUAAAACUGAUGUACUAUUGUUAGCUGAUGUUUUUGAGAGUUUUCGUAACAGUUGUUUCAAAACUUAUAGUCUAGAUCCGCUACAUUAUUAUACUGCACCGGGACUUGCUUUUGAUGCGAUGCUGAAACACACUGGUGUUGAGCUUGAGCUUCUGACAGAUCCUGAAAUGUUACUUUUCGUUGAAAAAGGAAUCAGAGGUGGAGUAUCUCAGUGUACAAACCGGUAUGCUGCUGCUAAUAAUCGGUACAUGGGUAUAGAUUUCGAUCCUAGCAAGGCUGAAUCUUAUCUCAUGUACUAUGAUGUAAAUAAUUUGUGUGGUGCGGCAAUGAGUAUGCCACUGCCAAAAGGCUCAUUUGAGUGGGUAGAAAAUGUAGAUAAUGUAGAUAAAUUUUUAAAUGAUAAUGAUGAUGUAGGAUAUAUAUUAGAAGUAGAUUUAGAAUACCCUGAAGAAUUACACGAGCUUCAUAAAUAUUUGCCUUUGUGCCCUGAGCAUUUUACACCGCCAGAAAGUAAAUAUUCUAAACUAUCAACUACUUUGUAUAAUAAAAAAAAUUAUGUAAUACACUAUAAAAAUUUGCAACAGUGUCUAGAAUUAGGAUUAAGCUUAAAAAAAAUUCACAGAGUUCUUAAAUUAGAACAGUCUGCUUGGCUUAAAUCAUAUAUUGAUAAAAAUACAGACUGUAGAAAGUUAGCCAAAAAUGAGUUUGAAAAAAAUUUUUUUAAACUAAUGAACAACGCUGUAUUUGGUAAGACUAUGGAAAACGUUAGAAAAUACAAAGAUGUUCAAUUAAAAACUAAAUGGACCGGAAGAUUUGGCGCCAAAGCUUUGAUUUGUAAACCAAAUUUCCAUAGUCUUACCAUAUUUGAUGAAGAUAUGGUUAUAAUUGAACUAACGCAAGCAAAAGUCUUUUUUAAUAAACCAAUUUAUGUCGGCUUUGCAAUAUUGGACUUGUCAAAAAUAUUCAUCUAUGACUUCCAUUAUAACUAUAUCAAACAAAAUUUAAAAAAUGACGAGUCUAAAUUAAUGUACACUGAUACAGAUAGCUUCAUUUAUCACUUUACUGUACCAGACAUAUUUGAAACCAUCAAACGUGAUAUUUCAAAGUUUGAUACUUCAGACUACCCGGCUGAUAACGUUUACAACAUGCCGCUAGCAAAUAAAAAAGUUCUGGGCCUAAUGAAAGAUGAAAAUAAUGGUGAAAUCAUGACUGAAUUCACUGGACUCAGAGCUAAAUUAUAUGCAUUUAAGACAUAUAAAAAUGAAAAGGCUAAAAAGCGAGCAAAGGGAGUAAAAGGUCCAACUUUGCGAACAAUCACGUUUGAUGAUUACAAGCGAUGUUUGAAAAAUCAUGUAAAUUUAACAACAAAACACUAUUUAAUUAAGAGCGAAAAACAUAAUGUAAAAACGAUUGUACAAAAUAAAAUAGCAUUAAGUUGGGCUGAUGAUAAGCGCCAGCUCAUUGACGGCAGCCACGACACUUUGCCAUGGGGUUACAAAGUACCGAGUGUUGAUGAUAUAAUUGUAGAUGAAGAAGGAAUAACUAUAAAAAAAAGAAAAAUAUAA